GCCACAUUUACAUUGAGAGUCACGAUUUUAAAGUACUAGAUAUAAUCCAGGAAAUUGACAACUGUCUCUUUAAUCAAUCCAUUUAUAUAAUUAAGCCAUGGUAAAGGCAUAUCUUCGUUAUGAGCCGCUUGCCACUUUUGGUGUCAUUGCCUCAACGCAGUCCAACAUUGUCUAUGACCAUACCGGCAAAGUUGCUAUUACACCUGCCCUUGAAGAAGUCAUUCUUUGGGAUCUAAAGAAAGGAACUGAGAUUGCAAGGUGGAAAGAACCUGGCAACAAAGCAGAAGUGACUAGUAUUGCCAAAAGUCCCAACAACAAAGAUUAUGCAGUAGGAUAUAAUGACGGAUCUAUUCGUCUUUGGAAUAUUUCUUCUUCAACAUCAACUGUCACUCUCAGUGGACAUCGUGCAGCAGUAACAGCCUUAACCUUUGACCAUGACGGCACUCGACUUGCUUCAGGAUCCAAAGAUACAGAUUUGAUUAUUUGGGAUAUUAUUUCAGAAUCAGGAUUGUACAGACUCAAGGGACAUAAAGAUCAAAUCACUUGCCUCACAUUUUUGGCUUCAAAAGGAACCGAUGCUGAGAAGGCAGUGGGUACCUCGACCGAGGGUUAUUUACUCUCAUCCUCCAAGGACACGUUGAUCAAAUUAUGGGACCUGUCUUCUCAGUACUGUCGUGAGACAUUGGUGGGCCAUCGAAGUGAAGUGUGGACCUUUGCAGUCUCAAAGGAUCAAAAGGUUAUCAUCUCUGGUGGUGCAGAACCUCAGUUGAAGGCUUGGAAAAUCGACUGGAACAUCCUGGGUCUUUCUCUCGAAGAACUCGGCGAGCAAGUAAACAAUAAAGACGAAAAGGAUGCCACAGCAGCUGCCUCAUUACAAAAGGCUAUCAAUAUCUAUGGAAACAUUCCUCGUCAGUCCCGUGAUCGUUUGGUGACCAUCAGGUUCCAUCCCUCAGGCAAAUUUGUGGGCGUGCAAGCAAAUGAGAAAUCAGUAGAGAUAUAUAGAGUACGCGAUCAUGAAUAUAUUCGUAAGAAGAUUCAGCGUAGAAAGAAGAGAGCAAGAGAGAAGGGAAAGGACGAUAGUCAAGUGAGCGAAGAGAUCACACCUGAGGAUGAAUUUGCUUCUGAGUACUUAAUCCGUACACCUGCUAAAGUGCGUAGUUUUGAUUUUUCACCUGCAACGAAUGUGGAAAAAGCAGGCCAGCUUCAAAUUGUCGUAUCCCUUAGUAAUAAUGCAUUAGAAGCAUAUACAAUACCAAUUGCCGAAAAGAAGACUGAAGAAUCAAACGAGCCAUCUAAACUGUAUUCCCUUGAUGUACCCGGUCAUCGAUCAGAUAUACGUACUCUGACUCUCAGCUCAGAUGAUGAGCUGUUGGCAUCAGCAUCAAACAAUCUUUUAAAGGUAUGGAACUUGAAGACAAGAACAUGUAUCCGUACCAUGGAGUGUGGAUUUGCCCUCUGCAGCGCAUUUUUACCUGGUAAUAAGCAUAUUCUGGUUGGUACAAAGACUGGUGAAUUAGAACUAUAUGACCUUGGUUCCUCCGCCAUGAUUGAAUCCGUCAAGGCUCAUGAUGGUGCAGUGUAUUCUUUGCAAGUCCGCCCUGACAAACGCGGUUUUGUUACGGGCAGUGCAGACAAGGAUGUCAAGUUUUGGGAUUUCGAUAUGGUGCAAGACAAGAACAGCUCUGUGAAAAGAUUGACGUUUAUUCACAUGCGUACACUCAAGAUGUCUGAUGAAGUUCUUUGUGUGCGAUAUAGCCCUAAUCAGAACUUGAUUGCUGUCUCCUUGUUAGAUUCAACAGUCAAAGUGUUUUAUCAUGAUACGCUCAAAUUUUUCCUUUCCUUAUAUGGCCACAAACUCCCUGUCCUAUCUAUGGAUAUCUCCUCAGACAAUACGCUCAUUGCAACUUGUUCAGCAGAUAAAAAUGUCAAGCUUUGGGGCCUUGAUUUUGGUGAUUGUCACAAGUCUAUAUUUGCACAUCAAGAAAGCAUCAUGUCUGUACAAUUUGUCUGGGGCACACAUUAUUUCUUUACCGUGAGUAAAGAUAAGACAGUGAAGUACUGGGACGGUGAUAAGUUUGAAAAUAUAAUGAAAUUAGAAGGACACCAUGGUGAAGUAUGGGCUUUGGUUGUUGCAAAGCAUGGCUCUCUGGUUGUCACAGGCUCACAUGAUAGAUCUAUACGUAUUUGGGAGAAAACAGAUGAACAGUUGUUCCUUGAGGAAGAACGCGAAAGAGAACUUGAAGAGAUGUAUGAAAAUACGCUUGUUAGCCAAAUGGAAAAGGCAAAUGUAAAUGGCGAUGAUAUGGAAAUUGAUUCAGCUGGAAAACAGACCAUGGAAACACUAAAGGCAGGUGAAAGGCUAAUGGAAGCAAUGGAUAUUGGUGAUGAAGAAAAGAACGGAUGGCUUGCUUAUGAAGCAGGCAAGGCCAAGGGCUUAGACGUGCCGCCUCCUAAACGACAUCCUCUACUACUGGCAAUGGGCGACAUUGAGCCAGAUAGAUAUGUGCUUAAUGUGCUUCAAAAGAUCAAAGCAAAUGAGUUAGAAGAGGCACUGUUAGUGCUACCUUUCUCCAAGGUCAUGUCUUUGUUUUCAUAUAUCGAAAGCUGGGCUAAAAAGAAUUGGAACAUUAUUUUAGUAUCAAGAGUUCUUUUCUACAUUGUCAAGGCCCACCAUAAUCAAAUUGUAGCUAACCGUAUGAUGCGUCCUAUGCUUGACUCCAUCCGAUUCCACUUACGUACACAACUUCAGCGCCAGAAAGACAUUAUGGGCUAUAAUAGAGCAGCAUUAACAUACCUACAGCAGGAUUGGAAAUCAAGAAACACAGCCGAGUUCAUUGACGAGACUACCGCUGUUAAUGGAAAGCUAGGAGAUGAAGACAAGAAGCGUAAGUUUGUCAAGCUUACUGUAUAGACUUUUUUUUUUUUUGCAGCAUAAACAAUAG